AUAAAAACGGCGCCAUCAACCCAAAAUCUCGUGCGUGGGAGCGACCGAUUCCAACUCGUGCCAUUAUGGAUUCCUCUGUUUCUGGUAUUAAUUACGUGAACUAUAACCCAAAUCGGUGCAACGUUUGCUUUGCGAGCAAUAUUUCCAAACCGGUAACCGGUAAAUCCAUUCUCUGCGCCUGCCACCUGGUCCAGUACUGCAGCAAGAAGCACCAACAGGUAGAUUUGGCCACACAUUCCAGCUUCUGCAAGGUAGUGCAGAGUAUUACCAGCCGAUCCGGGGUCGAUCACAUUCUGGCCGUCGUGCCGGCACAUAUGCAUGAACCGUUUGUUGGCGAGCCGGCGAAUUGGUCUGCACUGGACAAAACCAUCCGAUGCACGUUGAGCAUCCUGGCACACACGAUCGAUAGACCGUUAUACCGUCAUGAAAUUCACAUGCUGCAGAAUCCCAUAGUGUGUCGCGUUUGUCUCGAGUAUCAUCGUGAUCUGUUGAGGUAUUGCGAAGGAUGUCACCAGGUGGCUUACUGUAGUGAGAAACAUCAGCUGCAGGAUAAGGAACAACAUGCAAAGUGGUGCCGAGCGUACCAUAUCGCUUUUAUCAUAGAUAACAAGCCACCUGCAAUCGCCGAUGCUGGUGAUACUGUUAUUCCGUGCCUGGACGAAGCCGAUCUCAAGACAUUUCCGUCGGACUGCUACGAAUUGGCGAGCAAGGCAUUGCAGCGUAAGAUCAUAAAUCCCACCGCCAACGACGAUCACUUGCUGGAACCACAAGAGCAGCUAGAAAAUGUUAAACUCGCAGAAGUGUACAGCUAUAUUGGAACCAUACUGUACGCUUUACACAGUACCAACGUGAUCGAUGAGAUCCGGGACACGCUAAAUAUCUUCGUCGUAGGCGCGAGAGCGGAGAUAUUUUACUUUCACGAGCAAACUUGCGCCUUGUUUUUCUCCUACGGCCCGAAGCUGCGCACGGUAAAGUUGUUUUUCAUAGGCCCCGAACUUCCGGAAACGGGGAACGAGCCGUGCACGCUGGACUACGGUGAUGGUCGAUUGGUGGAGCUAAUCUACUACAAGAAGCUUUAUCACGAGCUGCCGGGUAAAUUGGUGCUUCCCAAUCCUGACCUGGUCGCAGCGUUUAACUGUGGAUUUAACGAGAAUUUCGGAACACCGGUCGAUACGUGGUCUAAAACGCUUCGCUUUCUCCUCCACAACUACCAUAUGCCACUGGUGUUCACGUCCUACACGUAUAACGAAGCUAUCGAAGACGUAGCGAUACUGGUGCAUGCCGCUCGGAAGAAUUCGGGCCAAAAUGUCCGCUUCGUGAUGCGAGCCCUCAGCAAUCCGCUGCGUGGGGGUGUGCCGGUCAGAAACCCGGACAUUUCCGACCGGAACCAGGAGAUAUUUUACAACAACGGGUACCUGACGGUUGCCAAACUGGGUUUACCCUAAUGCAGAACCGUAUCAAUGUACAACAAUGUAUUCUCGAAGGCCAUCACUUUAAAGCAUUUAGCACGAGCAUGGUUGUGCUCUUUUGAUAUAACUUUAGGGAAGAAAAGAAUUUUAUCGGUUAAUUUAACACUGGUUUUUGAUGGAUUUACCGCUCUGAUGCAAAUAGCGAAAACGAGCAAAAAACUAGGUAUACAAGAACAUUCCCAAAAAAAGAAUUUUUACAAACAUCACAAUCAUCCCUCCAAUUGAAAACGUUAAUCUAUUUGAGUUUUCCUGGUAGAGUUCAAAGUUUAUUUUUGUGAUAGUAAUUAUGAAAUAGUGAAGUGAAUGAAAUACCGCUCUAGCGGAACCUUACGAUGGCAGAAUCGAAAUCCAUUAGCUUUAAGUUUGCAUUUACAUCACGUACGAAACGUACCUCUACAUUUUUUUUUAAAUUUUACGUAAUUGAAAUCAUAAUUUCUACCUACAAACUUAGCAUAGAUUUCAGUUUGAAUUUCAUUACCUUAAGGUGCAAAACGAACAUCGCGUUCAUGCCAUGCGUUACAUUUAACAUCACUGUCAGUACCUUUGUAUCGAACUUUUUACAAUAAAAUAUUACGCCACAUUCACAACAACUUAUAUUGAACCACUUAAAACAUGACGUCAGAAACCUUUACU